AUGAUUGACGUGAAUCUUGAAACUAUUAACUUUUCUCAUCAACGAUUAGCUUGUCGAUCUGUUUACUUUUGUAAAUUUGAAGAUUCUAUUUCCACUUGGGUUCGCGGGGUUAAUAGUUUCGAAGAGAAACAAGACUAUUGCACAGAAUGUCUUAUAAAAACAUACAACGAAGUGUAUAGCGACUUUUUUUUAUGUGGAACUUUUGAGUUUUACGGAGUUUUAUAUGAAACGGACGACGCACGUGCGCUUCCGGUGCUUCAUUGCAUCGCUGCGUAUCCGGCUGAUUCCACUGCGCUUGUUUUGGCGGACUUAUCGCAGCUUCAAAGAACUUUUAUUUUAAGUAAAGUGGAGGAAAACGUUACUCAUUAUAGGGAUCUUUUAUUAGAACACUUUUCGGAAGCUUUAGGAGGAGACAAAGAGGCUGCUACCUUUUUGUUACUAAAUAAUUUAUCGAGAAUACAUUGCAGAGAACCUGCUUUAGUAGGAAACUUUUCACUUAACUUUAUUAAUAUCGACUCCAAAACGGUGGAAGUUCUUCAGGAAACACUAGAAUAUUUUCUUCCAAAACUUUUCAAGCUUCCUUUAUCUGUGGAAUAUCUUAACAGCGAACGACUUCAGCCUUUUCAAGAUGAAGAAAGCUUGGAACUUUUAAAAAGUGGCUUGCAACUUUCUCCGAAUACUACUGUUAUUAUAAACGAAACGCUUUUGGAAAACGGAAAACUUAAUAAUCUAGGCUGCGAAAAUUUAUUGUGCUUGCAGAAAGCAGUAAAGCAACAACUUUUGAACUACAAGUUUCCUUAUUAUGAAAAGCCUUUUAAUACCGACUUAAGGUUCAUUGUUUGUUCUGAAGGGAAAUCCAUUUUAAAAUGCGACUAUAUCGUGCCAGUUUGUAAAGUCCGUCCACCUGCUGUGCGCCCAGUAAAAAGUUUAUCUGAAGAACAACUUCACUGCGCGAGGGUCUAUUUGGCUUCGAUGUCCCACUCAAACUUUUCUAUCAGCAGCCAAUUGAAUGAGAUCAUAUCACGUGACUUUGCUACUAUGCGACAAAUGGGCGUUGAGUUUACUUCAAACGAUCUUGAUAAGGUUUUAUGCGUAGCGAGAUAUAUGUGCUUGAGCGAUGGCGCCAGCGAGCUGAAGACGGAGCACUGGACUUCUGCUUUAGCACUUGAGCAGCUCAGAAAAAAACGCCUUUAA